AGAAAAAUUGAGGAUUUACACACUGUAUUAUGCACUCUAUAUAAGCACGAUUGGCCUCACUGACAACCUUGUUGAGUCUCAAAACACAUACAGCCAAAAACACACUCACACACACAAAGCUUAAUUAUAUAUAUAACAAGAGGAAAACGAAAAAGAAAAUUCAACGGUGGGGAUUGAUUGGGAGGGGUGAAUCUAAUGGAGGUGGAUGAACCUGUGAGCCCAACUGGGCAAUACUUCACAAGCUCAGUCAUAUCAGUAGCUGUAAUAGCUGUUCUCGAAUCGGAGAAGGCCAUAGAUGAUUCUCACACAAUCUCAUUGCUCCAAAAUGUCUUUCUUCCAAUCAGCUCUCGUUUCUCCUCAAUCAUGGUUGACGUGAGUCUCCAAGACCACGUCCGGACCCCGAUUUUCCCGGCAGGCCAGCCGCCGGAAUUCUACGACCAGUGCUUCUCCGACUACCUGUCCAAAAUAUCCCUAGAGCAGCUGCCCCAAAGCAGGCCAUUAUGGGAAAUUCACAUAUUCAAGUACCCCACAAAAACCGCCGCCGGCAACGUGGUCUUCAAGCUCCACCACGCGCUAGGUGACGGUUACUCCCUCAUGGGGGCCCUCCUCUCUUGUCUGCAGAGGGCCGACAAUCCCGAAAUCCCGUUGACUUUCCCGUCCUUCAACCCAACAACUGUGGAGGCCCGGGAUAAGGCCCGUGAUAGGGCUCAACAAGGGUGCCUGGGUUUAUCCGGCAUGAUUGAUACGGUUCGGGAUUUCGGGUGGAGCUUGAUGAAGAGCUGUAUGAUUGAGGAUGACCGGAGCCCGAUAAGGUCGGGGGACCAAGGAGUCGAGUUCCGGCCAAUCACAAUUUCGACGUUACUCUACAUACAGUCCGCGAAGCACGAGCAGAGGAAUGCAGAGGCCACCUCGUUAGUCCUUCUCAACACAAGAAACAUCGGUGGCUACAAAUCGGUCUCGGAAAUGGUGGAGCCCGAGGCCGACUCCCCUUGGGGCAACCAAUUUGCUUUCCUACACGUGUCCGUGCCAAAACUGUCUGCAGACAACCCAAACCUAGAUGACCCUCUCAGCUUCGUGCUUCGUGCUCGCAAGGUGAUCAAGCAGAAGAGAAACUCGGCAGCUGUUGUUUUGACCGGGAAAUUGCUCGAUACUUUGAGGAGAUGGAGGGGCACUGAGUUGACUGCAAAAUACAUUCAUAGCACAUUAAAGAACACAAGCAUGACAAUAUCAAACAUAAAGGGGCCAAUUGAAAAGGUGUCUUUGUCCAACCAUCCUGUCAAAGGCUUCUAUUUCAUGGUCGUAGGCGUUCCUCAGAGCCUUACAAUAACAAUGGUGAGUUAUAUGGGAGAGCUUAGGGUGGCUGUUGGUACCGAAAAUGGGCUGAUUGACGGGCCCAAGUUCAAGUCCAGCAUUCAGAAAGCCUUUGAUUUGAUUUUCAAAGCUGGAGUCCCUACUCCUUCAAUUAAAAAUGCAUAAGCAUUAAUCUUGUGCUAGUUAAAUUUUUAUUUUUUUUUAUAUAUUUGUAUAUUGUAGUUUUUGGAUUCUUUGAACCAUUGUCAUUAAAUUUGUCAAAAGUUUACUUCAUUUAUGGAUUUCAGAUCAUUUGAUUAUGCAGUUGGGUUGUUUUUUGAGUAAAGCAAUUCAAGUCCCACUACAAGGGCAAGAAAUGAACAAAUGAGGAAAAAUUUUGUUGUGG